AUGAAAGAGAAAUGCAACGCCUCAAAUUCUGUGCAAACAUCGCGGGGCAAGCCAUGGUUCAUUUACGAGCCCCCCACGACGGCCACUUCCUCUUCCCAAGUCUGGGUUGUCCCACCCCUCUUCGAUGGUGAAGCCAAGCCUGUAAGAAAGGCUGUUGUGGAGGCUGCUGUUCCUCCAUAUUGGGGCACAGAUAUCUCUCGGACUGCGUUCCUAGGGUCAUCCGACCGCCCUUUUCGGCAUCACGGAGGCACUUCUGAGCCUAGCAUUGUUCUAUCAGCGAAUUCUGCCAUCUUGACCGCUAUUGAUUACAGUCGCAAGAGCCUUUCUCCCGUCGCAUCUCAAGGGAAAAGCCUUUAUACUAAACCGUAUACCCACCCAGACCUGCAGUCGUAUAGCCGCACCCCUGACACGCGUUCCUGA